AUGGGCUUGGUACAGGCUCUUCGUCGGUCUAUGAAAGGCGACAAGGAGAAGCAGCACAGCAUCUCCAUCACCCCCAAAGCUGCUGUCGCAAUCGUUCCGCCCAAGAAGGUCAUCCGCGCUCUCUACGACUAUGAAGCCCGCUCAACCCAGGAGCUGAGCUUCUCCAAGGGCGACUUCUUCCACGUCAUCGGCCGAGAAGACGAUCCGGAUUGGUACGAGGCCUGCAACCCUGCGCUGCCCGAUGCGCGUGGCCUCGUGCCCGUCGCUUUCUUCCAAGCGCUAGGAAAGACUGAGCGUGACAGCCAGCAGUCGGACGGAGGCCGCCCGCCAACGGCAAACAAGAACCCUGACCAUGACUCUGGCUACGGUGAAGUUCACUCUCCUCCUGGCACGGCCGGAGCGCCGGGCAGCCAGCGCGCUUCCAAGGCCAAGCAGGGCGCCAUGGUGUACGGCGUCGUCAUGUACGACUUCAACGCGGAAAGGUCCGACGAACUGGAGGCCAAGGCUGGUGAGGCUAUCAUCGUCAUCGCCCAGUCCAACCCGGAGUGGUUCGUCGCCAAGCCCAUUGGCCGGCUGGGUGGCCCAGGCUUGAUCCCGGUGUCCUUUAUUGAGCUCCGUGAUAUGGGCACGGGCAAGGCCAUUGAGAACCCUGAUGCCGCUAUCAGACAGGCAGGCGUUCCCAAGGUUGAGGAGUGGAAGAAGAUGGCGACUGCGUACAAGAAUAGCAGCAUUACGCUGGGCAAGUUUGAGGGCGGGGGACCGUCGCAGCCGCUGGAACAGAGCAUGGAGCGGAUGAGCAUCCAGCCUGGACCUCAGGUGAGUUUUUUUUCCUCCAUCCACUCUCCUCUUCUUUUUCCCGCUCAAAGCUUGCCCUCUCAGCCUGCUGCUCUCCCCCAACAGAACGAAUUUGUAUCGAGCGCGACAACGGAACUCUAUGCACCCAUCUCUGCCCGGAUACCUCGCUAUUGCUUUGCAGAGGACAAGUACUGGUUUGUCAUUGAAACACAGCUCGAGGAUGGGCGACACUGGGAAUUGUCCAGGUACUAUGAGGACUUUUAUGACUUCCAGAUUGCCCUUCUGACUGAAUUCCCCGCUGAGGCUGGUAAUACCGGCACCCAGAAGCGAACACUCCCUUACAUGCCUGGCCCCGUCAGCUAUGUGACGGAUGCCAUCACAGAGGGAAGACUGCAUAAUCUAGAUGCAUACGUCAAGAAUCUACUUAACCAACCCCCUUACAUUGCUCGUUGCACGCUUGUCAAGCAGUUCUUCGCCCCCAGAGAAGGCGACUAUGAGAUGGACCCUUCCACGAUUGACGAGGAAUACCGACUGUCCCAAGGCUCUCAAUCCUCCGGGUCACAUGCUAACCCUGAUUCGCGACAGUCAUCGCGAAACAACCUGAGUGGCAACGGAUACUCUGGUCUCUCAGCUACACCCCGCCAAGUGAGCAACCCACAGCAAGUUAUGCAACAGCAACAUGUACAGCAGCCGCAGCAGCAACAGGGCCAGCCUGGAGCAGUAAUGAAGAUCAAGAUAUCCUACAAUGGCGAUCUCAUUGCUAUCCGAGUUCCCACAGACAUCCAGUACCAGCAGCUCUGUGACAAGAUUCAAGACCGCCUCAAGGUAUCGCCCUCAGAACAGGUCCAGCUGUUUUACAAGGACGAGUCGACGGGAGAGAAGCCCCGUCUGUCGAAUGAUGCCGAUCUCGACUAUGCCCUUGAGCGAAACGAGAAGCUUAUGCUGUUCGUGGAAGUGGCAUAG